AUGGCGCAGGAUAAUACCAAUUCAACAGUCGAAAUGGGCACCAGUGAUCAGAUCCUGGUCGCACCAAAAAAGUCAAAGAAGCUAGUGUACGCUAUUGGUUUUAUCGCGAUGUGUGCUGUCAUAGCUGUGGUCAUCACCCUCGCGGUUGUGCUCACAAGGGGUGGUGAUGCUGAGGAUAUUAGAACAACAGAAGGACCGACACCAGUUACAACACCACCAACAGUUCCAACAACAACACCGAUCACAACAACGACAGACCAACCGACCACUAACCCCCCACCGCCAGGCGAUAUGGAUUUGAAUGACGUUUUAAAUGGUGAAUAUUCACCAGCAUCGUUCAAUGGAUCAUGGGUUUCAGGAAAUGAAAUAAUGUUCAGAAAUGUUAAUGGGGAGUUGAUACUAUACAACAUUGACACUUCUGUGCCCAGGACACUCAUUGAUAAUUCAUCUCAGGUACUUCUGAAUUCCUACCGCGUGUCGGAAUUAUCGGCUGAUCGGCAAUAUGUUGCUCUUUCAUAUGGAGAGGAAUCGAUAUAUCGCCACAGUUUUGAAGCUUUGUACGUGGCUGUCGACGUAUCAAAUGGAAACAUUUUCAACAUCACGCCUCAAGGAGUUGCCAGUGAUAUGUCAGUUCUUCAAAACUUUGUGUGGGGACCAUUCGGGACAUCCCUGGCAUUUGUAUACAAGAAUAAUAUAUACUACCAGCCUAAUCUGACAUCUUCUGCUCAACAAAUAACAUUUUCUGGCAUUGAAAAUGUCAUUUACAAUGGCGUUCCUGAUUGGGUAUAUGAAGAGGAGGUGUUCAGUUCCAACAACGCGAUGUGGUUUUCCAACGAUGGUUCAAGACUGGCGUACGCUUCUUUCAACGAUAGCAAUGUACGCGUGAUGAAGAUACCCCACUUCGGUGUACCCGGAGCCGUUGAAUUCCAAUACACUCGACAUCGCGAUAUACGUUAUCCGAAGCCUGGAACAAAUAAUCCAUCCGUGAGAGUGACCAUCCGUAAUUUAGCAGCCAACAUUGAAAGAACAUUUACACCCCCAUCUGAUCUUAAUGAACCGAUUUUGGCAAGAGUUCAGUUUGUGGGAAAUCAGAGUAUUGCUAUAAUGUGGAUGAAUAGGGUUCAGUCACAACUAAAAGUCGAUAUAUGCUCCGAAACUAAUCAGGAUUGCGUUACAAUAUUUAGAUACAACGAACCCAACGGCUGGAUAACAAACGUACCGAUGGUAUUCAACGCGCAGGGUAAUGCGUUCAUCACUAUUUUACCUGACUCCGUCAAUAAUGUUCGCUACAAACAAAUUCUUCAAGUAUCAAAUACCAAUGGUACUUCCUGGACUGUACAAAGUAGAACUAACACAGCCCACACAGUUAUAGAUAUCCUUGCUUGGACUCCAGAUGAUGUUAUCUGGUACACUGCGACCGGUAUAAAUGAUACGGCGGAGCAGCAUAUUUAUUCUGCCAGCAGUGCUGGUGUGUCAUGCUUCACUUGCACAGUUGUUCGUCCAGAUGGCAGCACCUGUCUUUAUAACGAGGGCAGCGUCUCUGGCUCUAGGAUCAGUAUCAAUUGUGGUGGGCCAGCGAUACCACAAAUAUUUAUAUACGACGUGGUGAGUCGCGACUUCAUACUUUAUUUUAUGUUUCAGAAUGGCACUCGUAUAUCGGUGUGGGAUGACAACGAAAGGAUAUCGAAUCUCUCGUCUGUAAACAGUUUACCUGUUGUUUUACGAAGAAAAUUAGCGUUAGGAGCUGGCAUCCCAGAUGCCGAUGUCCAGAUACAAGUACCGAGAGAUUACCAGUCACGCAACAAUGUACCAUUACUUGUUAAUGUCUACGCAGGUCCUGAUUCGUCGUCAGUGACAAAGCAAUGGAAUGUUGACUGGGGUUCGUAUUUGGUGAAUCACUAUGGCAUCGCUGUUGCUACCAUCGAUGGAAGAGGGUCUGGUUUGAAGGGAGUCGAAAACAUGUUCGCAUUGAACAGACAACUUGGAUCAGUUGAAAUUGAGGACCAAAUUUCUGCGACUAAAUUGCUGCAUCAGGAGUUGCCAUGGUUGGACAGUUCGCGGACUUGUAUAUGGGGCUGGUCUUAUGGAGGAUAUGCUGCAUCGCUAGCGCUGGCUCGCGGCGAUGUCUUCAAAUGUGCGAUCGCUGUAGCCCCCGUAGUCGACUGGCGUUUUUAUGAUUCCAUCUACACGGAAAGAUACUUAGAUACUCCGCAGAAUAAUAUUGGAGCGUACAGGAACUCCAGUCUCUUGUCGGAUCAAGUGGUGGAAGCUUACAGGCGUAAGAGCUAUUUCCUUGUCCACGGGACAGAGGACGAUAAUGUCCACUAUCAACACGCCAUGUUGUUAUCAAGAUUGCUUCAGCGUAGAGAUGUAUAUUUCCAUCAAAUGAGUUACACCGAUGAAAAUCACACUCUGGGUGGAGUGAAGCCGCAUUUCUAUCAUGCUCUAGAAAAGUUCCUACGUGAAAACAUGUUGUAG